AUGACCACCUUGAACAGGCCUCGGUACGACGGAACCCAACGAAAGCUCGUACUCGCUUUCGACAUCGGGACUACAUUUAGUGGUAUUUCGUACAGCAUUUUGGAUCCUGGAGAGGUCCCUGAGAUUCGAGGAGUUACCAGAUUUCCCGCGCAAGAACACGUCGGUGGUGACUCUAAGAUACCGACCAUAAUCUACUAUGAUAAACAAGGAGACGUGCGCGCUGUUGGUGCAGAAGCUGUGCGUGAAGGAAUAGAAGCGGACGCGGAGGAUGAGGGAUGGACAAAGGCGGAGUGGUUCAAACUCCAUUUGCGACCCCAAACCACCAGCUCUGGAUCGUCUCUACUAACCGGCCACCCUAUUCCACCCCUGCCCGAGGGAAAAACCAUAAUAGAUGUUUUUGGCGAUUUUAUGCGGUACCUCCAUCAAUGCGCCCGGACCUACAUCGAAGAUACAUACCCUAAUGGGGCAGAGAUGUGGAAAAAUCUGGAGGGGCGUACGGACUUUGUGCUCACGCAUCCAAAUGGGUGGGAAGGCACACAACAGAGCUAUAUGCGCAGAGCUGCAGUCAGAGCGGGUUUGAUACCCAACACUCCGGCCGGCCAGCAACGACUCUCCUUUGUUACCGAAGGAGAAGCCAGUUUACACUUUUGUAUUCAGAAAGGUUUGACUAUUGACGCCAUGAAGCAAGGCAAAGGGAUUCUCAUUGUCGAUGCCGGCGGUGGCACGGUCGACAUCUCUGCUUAUAAACAAACAUCGAAAAACGCUCAAUCAUUCGAGGAAAUAUUUGCACCGGAGUGCCAUUUCCAAGGAUCGGUUUUCAUAAGCAACCACGCCAGGGAGUUCCUCGAAAAACUCCUUAAGGAUUCACGCUUCGCAGAAGAUGUGCCCUAUAUCACUGAUUGCUUUGACAAGACCACCAAAUUGAGAUUCCGCAGUGACGACGAAACUCAAUUUAUCAAGUUCGGAACUAUCAGGGACAAAGAUCUCGCUCUUAACAUCCGCAAUGGGCAGCUCAAACUUUCUGGCUCAGACGUAGCGUCUUUCUUUGAACCAUCUAUUCAAUGCAUCGUUGAUACCAUCGAGGAGCAACGUGCUGCUUGUACGACUAAAAUUGCCUCCGUUUUUCUUGUUGGGGGAUUCGCAGCUAGCGAUUGGCUGUUCACAAAUUUAAAGGCAAGGCUCUCUGACAAUACCUUGGAUAUAUGCCGCCCUGAUAGCCAUGUCAACAAAGCAGUUGCAGAUGGAGCUGUUUCGUUCUAUCUUGACCAUUUCGUGGCUGCUAGGAUCUCAAAGUAUGCAUACGGCAUAGAAUUCAGUCGGAUAUAUGUUUCUACGGAUCCCGAACACGUUGCGCGAAUGCACUCUCAAUACACUUGUCUGGAUGGCAGGAUCAUGCUUCCCGUUGGAUUUGAUGCUAUACUUCCUAAGGCACGUCUCUUUGAUACCAAAGUGUCUGAGACAGAGGAAUACAGACACUCUUAUGUGAGGAACUCGAAGAACUCCUCCGCAUUCCAAAUUCUAGACGAGGAAAUUAUGUGCUACCAAGGGACCAAAAGUAACCCACGCUGGACAGAUGAAGAGACUGACAUGUACCGUGUUCUUUGUCACGUAACGGCCGAUACAUCGAAUGUCCCUUUGCGCCAAUACGUCAACUCUAAAACUGGAAUACCUUACUACCGAAUCGAAUUUGAAAUCGUAUUGUCGUUCGGGUUAACUGAAUUGAAGGCUCAGGUUGCAUGGAAGGAAAAUGGCAUCGAACGAAGGGGUCCCGCUGAAGUUGUUUAUGAUCCUGACGAGCUAAUCUGCGAUUAG